GGGGCAGAUUUAUGGGCUCAGCCAGCACUGGGUCAUCUCGAGGCCGCACACGUCCCUGCUCGGUACCACCCGGCUCUGCCAAUGCUGCUCUAUGGGGUGAGCGCCGCGUCCUGGUUGCAAAUGGGCUCCGAGCAACAGAGGGGGGCAGCGGGAGGGAGGAGAGCGGGCAGCAUCGGAGCGUUGGGACACGGGGAUGGACGGAGCUGCCGCUGCCCCCAGCCGGUGGGCGGGUCGAGCCGAGCUCCGCUAUAAGGCGGCCCCGAGCAGCAUCAUCCCCGCGGUGCCAUGUGCGCCCCGCGCUGCCUCUUCCUCCCCUUCCUCCUCCUCCUCCUCCCGCUGUUGGCCGCCCCCAGCCCCGCUGUGGCCCCGCCGGGGCGGCCCCGUGUCCGCCGAGGGCUGACCUACCCCGGGACGUUGUGGUGCGGAGCCGGGAGCAACGCGGACAGCUACGAGCAGCUGGCUCUCACCCCACAGGGGAGCACCGUGACACCGACCGCUGCUGCCGUGACCACGACCACUGCCAGCACGUCAUCCACCCCUUCACCUCCCGCUAUGGCUACCGCAACCUGCGCUGGCACACCAUCAGCCACUGCGACUGCGACCGCCGGCUGAAGGAGUGCCUGCAGCAGGUGAACGACACGGCGUCGCGUGUAGUGGGACAGGCCUUCUUCAACGUCAUCCAGGUGCCGUGCUUUGAGUUCGCCUAUAAGGAGGAGUGUGUGCAGCCAUAUCUCUAUGUGUGGUGCAGGGCGUACAACACGGUGGCUGUGGCUGUACCCAAGGAGCCGGUGCUGUAUGAGUUCGGUGGGGAGCUCAUUGACAGGGCAGCGUGGCCUGAAGGGGGGGAACAGCCGGACAUCCCAGCUGUGAAAGUGAGGAAGAGGAUGAAGGAGAAGAGGAAGAAGGGGAAGGGAUUGAAGAAAAGCCCUUCUGGAUUUAAGGAGCUGAGCCACGCUGCAUCCAUCACCCCCAUCCCACCCAGCACAGCGGGACGGGACAGCAGGAAGAGGAGGAGGAAGGAGAGGAACAGAAAGAAGAGGCUGAAAAGUAACGCUGAGGCGUGAGCCCCAUGUCUACCCUUGUCGUGUUAAUUAAUUAAUUAAUAAAGUGGGGUGAUGAGCA